AUUGUUGAUGUAUAAUGAGGACAUGAAUAUGCAAAGAAUAGUUUUUUUAUGUAUUAUUGUUUUUUAUUGACUAAUAUUCAUGUUUUUUUUAUUCGUUGACAAUUAGAUAAUUGUUUUGCAAAUGUUUGUUUGUGGAUGUAAUACUAUGUAAAAAUUUUAAUAUUCACAACAUACUCAAACCUUUUGCUUUGGUGUGUAUUUUAAAGUAUUUGGUGUGUUGUUUUUUUUUUUUUUUUUUAAGUAUUUUAAAGUGUAGGCUACUACACCUCUGACUUCGUUCAAAAUACAAACAGAUAAUACACAGAUCUGUGCGUUCCCCAAAAAUAAACAUAAAUAAAUCCCUCUUGGCGAGAUUUUAUGUGUGCAUCGAAAAAUUAAUUCAUAUUUACAGUCAUCUCUGUGUCACCUGACCGAUGUCGUGGACGGGUGACGUCACUGCGAACAUGGCUGCCGAGAGCGAUGUCCUGUCGGAAAUUGAAGUGCUGCAGUCCAUCUACUUGGAUGAGCUUGGUGUUGAACAGAGAGACGGAGGAGGAUGGACAAUCAGUCUGGUGCUCUAUCCCUCCACAGCGGAGGACUGUCUGUCCCAGUUUGUCCGUCUUACAUUGACAAUGGAUCUAGACUCUCAGUACCCAUAUUCAUCCCCUUGUAUCUCUAUUCACAAUCCACGUGGACUCUCGGAUGAUAAGCUGCUCAGUUUACAGAGUAGUUUGCAGAUGGAAGCAGAGUCGUGUAUCGGGACAGCUGUACUGUAUCAGCUCAUAGAGAGAGCCAAAGAGAUUCUGACUGAGAGCAAUAUUCCCCAUGGAAACUGUGUCAUCUGUCUGUAUGGAUUUAAGGAAGGGGAAGUGUUCACGAAGACCAGCUGCUAUCACUAUUUCCAUUCUCACUGUCUUGGCCGCUAUAUCACUCACUCUGAGAUGGAGCUGAAGGACCGUGAGAGGGAGCUGGAGGAGGAUAAAACCAGAGACGGGACCGAAGAAGAGGGAUUAUUUGUUGGUUGCCCCGUGUGUCGAGAGCCUCUCACCUAUGAUUUGGAUGCCCUCCUUUCCUCUCCAGCUCCAGUUUUCACACAGGCUUCAGCUAAUGUUUCUGACACUCCUUCAACGGAUGCCUCUGGUUCCGAAUCUACUCAGUCACUCCCCUCCUCGUCCCAAGAUCCCACUGAUGUAACCCAAGUCUCUCAAAGUCAUCACACUACAGGCCAAUCACAGCGCUUGUGCACUCAUGAAAGAAGGCCACAAGGUGACUUUAAGAGAGGUCGUAGAGGAAGAGGAGGAGGUGGAAGGGGGGGGUCAGCUCGUCACAUGAUACCUACACCUGGGGUAGAACGGUUGGGCAAGCUCACGCAUUCUUCUGAUGAGAUUAAUCAUGUGAACUCAGGCCCACCGAACACCACACCACAGGGAGAAAGUACAGCACAAGGACAAGAAUGUGAACUCAGUGAUAAUAUAACACAGCUCAGGCAGCCUAUGACCAAUGAAGAAGAAAAAACAGUUUCUCAAGAGAAGGUUACAUCAGAAUCCAACUGUGGACAAAAUGUGAGCCAACAAAAAGUGUGUAUUUCAAAAGAUGUGACACAGACAAUCUUACACGAAGGACACCCAGAGAGGGAACAUGUGGUUAGAGGAUGGAAGCGUGGCGGUCGUGGCUCUGGACGACAUCAUGGACACUGGCAGGAGAGGAACUUCAAGGGACCCAGUCACUGGGAUACUUCUGGAAGCAUUGGCCACCGUGGAGGAGGACACAGAGCCAGAGAGGGAGGGGCUGGGCAUCAUCACAGAGGGGGCGGGGCUCAUAGAGGUGGUGGGAGGGGAUUGCAUCAGAGAGUGGAAAAAGAAUUUAGGAAAGAGGGAGUACUCUGACAGUGGGAGAGGGGAGGAGCAGGCAUAGAAACAAGCAUACCUCCCAGUUUUACCAGCUGUACCGUCAUUAUGUCAGUGUCUGUAAUAAAAUUCUCCGCAAGCAGUAAA